AUGUCUACCGAAACAGGCAGUAAGGCCACCAUCUCUUGCCUUUGCGGUUCCAUCCGACAAACUGUAACCCUCUCCCCCGUGGAUACCGACAUCGUCUUCUGCCACUGUACAGCCUGUCGACACAUGAGCGGGCAGCUCUUCACAUCAUAUGUUGCCCUCUCCUCAGCUCCCACUUCCCUCGUCAGCCUGAAGAAAUACAACUCAGGCCCGGAUCACCCAAAUCUUGAAACAACAUGUUACUACUUCUGCUCAACAUGUGGUUGCCACGUCUUCCAGCGCUCGAGUUAUUACUCCGACAGUGAUGCCUCCAACGACGAUAGCAAUGACAAGGAACAAUUCGAAUGGUCGGUAGCAACAGGCGUCAUCACAUCAUCCGAGAAUGACAACCCAAACCACAGAAUACAAUGGCAGCACCAGAAGGCGGACGACACCAAAGAUCUGGGGCUAUCUCUCUGGCUUCCAUCCGCAUCCAACUCCACAUCCACAUCCACAUCCAACAUCGGCCAAAAAGCCACCAAAAUCCCCGACAUCAUCACUGUUCCGAACACCCGCAACACAAAGGAUCUCAACAACAUCUUCCCCGCAGCCUGCCACUGCAAACGCAUCUCCUUUCACCUCACCCGCCCCUCUCAAGCCAGCAUCCUUCCCCACCGCGGCUACCCAGACGCCAUGUACUCGUACGCCGCGGAGCCAGAAAGGCUGACCUCAAAUCCUCAUGACGAGAAGUGGUGGCUCCGCGGGCCUGAACCACAGUGUACCUCGUCCACCUCCAGCAGAACUCCUCCGCUAGGCGUUGAAAGUAUUACCAGUUUCACCCGAUACUUCACCGGCGCCUGCGUGUGCAAAUCCUGCCGCCUGGCCUCUGGCUUCGAGAUUCAGUGCUGGGCAUUUGUGCCGAGGUGUAAUAUCCAGUUUGCCUCCGUUGUUGAAGGUACCCUGGACUUCGAUGCCCUCCCCCCGGGCCUUCUCAAGAGGUACGAAUCCUCCCCCGGAGUUUGGAGGGAGUUUUGUCCCACCUGCGGAGCCACGGUGUUUUAUCACGCGGAGAAGGCGAAGGAUGUGAUUGAUGUCAGUGUUGGUUUGUUUGAUGGCGACAGGGGAGCUAGGGCGGAGGAUUGGUUAGAAUGGGGGAGGGAGAGGGUGUCAUAUGCUGAAGAAGUCAGGGAGGGAAGGAAGGACGGGAUGGCCGACUGGGCGGAGAGGCUUCUAAAAGGGCUUGAGGAGGGCAUGAAGGGGUCUUGA